UUUACUGGAAUUUCCACUUUACAAUGUCUAAAACUUUCCAAUGAUAAAAUCUAUAAGCAUUUCUUCAGCUCUGAUAGUUGGCCUAUUGGCAGCUCUCGCGUCUAAUCAUCUUAUACCUUUUAGUCCCUUGUUGACGCUCAAUGAAAUCUAUGAUUAUUCUGAUCUCGCUUCCUUCACAUCAUCCGUUCUGUCGUAUCUGAGGCCUGUCAGCCGCAGACACCACCACUGGCAUCACGAUGAUACUAAAGAAAGAACAUCUGUGUGUGACAAUUUUCCACCAAAUUUUCCGCCUCCAGAUACUAACACCACCUCUACUUUCUGCGUUGAUAGUAGAGGCUGCUGUAAUUUCACCACAGUACAAGCUGCAGUCAAUGCUGUCGCAAAUUUUAGCCAGAAAAGAAACAUUCUGUGGAUAAACUCCGGUAUUUAUCUUGAGAAAAUCAUAAUACCGAAAACAAAACCAAACAUCACAUUUCAAGGACAAGGAUUCACUUCGACAGCAAUAGUAUGGAAUGACACAGCCAAUUCCUCAAAUGGCACAUUUUAUAGUGGCUCCGUUCAAGUAUUCGGUGCCAAUUUCAUCGCUAAAAACAUAAGCUUUAUGAAUGUAGCGCCAAUUCCACGGCCAGGUGAUGUGGGAGCACAAGCAGUGGCAAUAAGAAUUUCAGGAGAUCAAGCUGCUUUCUGGGGCUGUGGAUUCUUCGGAGCCCAAGAUACUCUUCAUGAUGAUCGCGGUCGCCAUUACUUCAAGGAUUGUUAUAUCCAAGGGUCCAUAGACUUCAUCUUUGGCAAUGCAAAAUCAUUCUAUGAGAGUUGCCAGUUAACGUCCAUGGCUAACCCGGUGCUCCCGGGACAAAAGGUAAUCAAUGGAGCCGUGACAGCGCAAGGGCGCGCUUCAGCAGACGAAAACAGUGGCUUUGCUUUCGUCAACUGCAGCUUAGGAGGGAGUGGUAGAAUCUGGCUUGGUCGAGCAUGGCGCCCCUUCUCCAGAGUUGUUUUCGCUUACUCUACCAUGUCUGAUAUCAUAGCUCCUGAGGGCUGGAAUGACUUCAAUGAUCCCAACAAAGACCCGAACAUAUUCUACGGAGAGUACAUGUGCACAGGAGGAGGAGCUAACAUGACAAUGAGAGCCUCCUAUGCGCAGAGGCUCAACGAGACUCAAGCUUCUCCUUUUCUUAAUGCUUCCUUCAUUGAUGCUGAUCAGUGGCUUCAACCCUUUUCCUUGUAGUUCUUUAAAUCUUUCAUGAUAAGUUUUUUUUUGAUGCAAAAUCUUUCAUGAUAAGUUAAAAUUCAAAAUUAAUUUCCGAAUCUAUUCCCGAAUAUCAAUUUACAUAUUAUUUAUCAAUCA